CCCGCAACGACGACCAUCCUAUGACGAGGUCAACACCAUGGCUACACCACGUCCUCCCACGCAGCUCAAUGAAUAUCCAUCGCGCGAGGAUCCUGUAUUUCCGACGAGCCUCACAGUUUCAAGCUGUCCCCAGGAUCAGAUCCCCGAUCGGUGACACUUACCGCGCAAUUUCCACCUCUACAUUUCAACGCGGCAGACUUUCGAGAACAGGUGGGGUGUUGAGAGUGGACCUGAGCGCAAACUCGAGGAGACAAGUUGAAAGAUAUAGGACAGGAAUUAUGGCACCUCCCCGGGUAGAGCUGGAGAAGCAGUACAUGUCUACAAAAGCAGCGAAGAAAAUCUCUGAGCCUCGACCGAGUGCCAGCAUCCUCCUCAUCUCUCCCAAGAACCAAAUCCUCCUCCUCCACCGCGUGCGAACAUCCUCCUCCUUCCCAUCGGCACACGUCUUCCCCGGCGGAAACCUCUCGCCAAGUGAUGGACAUAUCCCCGCUCCAAAUGAUAAGGAUAGACAUGUAGAUGGACGGAGUUACAGGAUUGGUGCUAUCAGAGAAUGCUUUGAGGAGAGUGGGAUUUUACUUGCAAGGAGGAAAGAUGGAGUGGGCUUACUGGAGGUGGAAGAUGAAGUAAGAGAGAAAGGAAGGAGGGAUGUACAUGAGGGGAAGAUUGCAUUUGAGAAGUGGGUGGAGGGAUUGGGUGGUGUGGUUGAUAUUGGUGAGUUUGAAUCUCUCCCAUUCUUCUCUCUUGCUGUGAUCUGGUUGCUCCUUAGCGAAGAAGACAUAGUAAUUAAGAAUACAGACUCCCUGCAUCCUUUCUCACGCUGGAUCACGCCCACAAACGUCCCCAAACGCUUCACAACCCAAAUGUAUAUCUACUUCCUCCCUCUCACCCAGGACACAACCUCAACCACGACUUCAUCAUCCAACUCCAUAACAGAAUCCGUAAUCCCACCCCCAACAUCAGACGGCGGUCUAGAACAUACAGCCGCCCUCUUCGCCCCGUGUUCAACUUGGCUCUCCCGAGCCCGCAAAAACGAAAUAAUCCUUUUCCCACCCCAAUUCUACCUCAUGUACCUACUAGCGCCAUUCCUCACCCCACUGUCAACACCUUCCCAAUCACAACUCCAAGCCCAACGAGAUUCUGUCUUAGAGUUCUUGAAAGGAGAUGGAGGCGACGGCAAAGGCAUCACAUGGGCGGACAAGGUCAUGAGUCCGACGGGGCUUCUCAUGCGGAAGAGUGAUGGAAGGAGUGUCUUGGCACUGGAUAAGCCGGGGCCUGAGUUAAAGGGGAGUACCAGGGGUGGGGAUGAGGAGAGGGUGGUGCUUGUGAAAUUUGGCAAGGAGGGGCCGAGAGAUGUGGAUGUUAGGUGGAGGAGGGAAGUCUUAGGGGAGGAGAGGGAUCAGCAGGAGGUAGGGAAAGACGCGAAGCUUUGAAUGCAUAGAGCUCGAGGUGGUUGAAGUUAUGGUAUUUUUGAUCCUUUGAAUGGGGAUUAGACUAGAGCACAUACCUACGAUCGAGCUAGAUAAAGGCUUGGAUAAUGGCAUCUUACAGCUGAAUAGAGGUAGACGGUACCAACACAGGAAGCUUAUCGUCGAUGACUGUCUGAAAUUUUUUGCUGGUGUGAAUUUUUCCCUUUACACAUUGCAGCGGCAGCGUGCCAGGAUUGAGCGUCUUGCAGAAUCCGAUCCAUAAAAUCAAGAUCUACAGUCUGUCAGUAUAGCGAAGAGCCUCGAAGAUAUGUUCACCUGUGCUGGAACUCGGACUUCUUUUGGUAGGCAAGGCCACUGUCAGAGCCAUGGUAUUCGCCCUCGUCCCAGAGCUACAUGGUCGAAGAAUUUUUGAUGCUCUGCAAUCGUGCCAUCGAAAAUGCUGCCAGCUUCGCCUCCACAAUUGUUCUUCUGGGUCUAAUUACUCGAGUCAUCGUAAUCUCAACGACUUUGGUAAUGGAGGGAUAAUAAUGACCAAGAAUGCC